GUUCCCUUCAGACGGCGCUUCUCCCCAGCCCGGCCUCUCGGCAGACGCUCAGGACGCGGAACCCGCCGGCCACAGCUCCCGGCACCGCCGGAGGCCACAGGGCAGGGGCCUCGGGCCGGCACCUCGUGGCCGAGGCAGGUGUAGCCGUCCCACCCUCCGCCUCCUCCUGCUGACCCGCGGGGGCCGCACCAUGCCUCCCGGCGUGGAGGCUCUGGAUCUGCCGGCGUGGAACGGAGCCUCAGGCCGGUCCUGGGGGCCCCGCGGCAGUCCCCCAGGGCCCAAGUUGAGAAGCUCUCCGCCAGCUCCCCAGUCCGCCCUGCCCGGCCGGAGGCGACGCGGCGGAGGUGGUAGCUCCGGGGCGGGGCGGGAACGCCCGGCCACGCGCCCCUGGGCUCCCCGCGCGCACUUCAGCCCUGCGAUCCAGCCGCCACCCCCUGCGCCCCGCCGUCCCCACCCCGGGCCCCGGUCUGCGCGCCCCGGGCGGCUGCAGGAAAGAAAUGCAAUGGCUCAUCUUGAUUCUGAGGUGAAAGAACAAUGUCUGAGGGAAGACCUGAAGUUUUACUUCAUGAACCCUUGUGAAAAAUACCGAGCCAGACACCAGAUUCCGUGGAAGCUGGGGUUGCAGAUUUUGAAGAUCAUCAUGGUCACCACACAGCUUGUUCGUUUUGGUUUAAGUAACCAGAUGGUGGUUGCUUUCAAAGAAGAGAACUCUGUUGCUUUUAAGCACUUGUUUUUAAAAGGAUAUCCUGGCAUGGAUGAAGAUGACUAUAGUUGCAGUAUCUAUACUCAGCAGGAUGCCUAUGAGAGCAUCUUUUUUGCUAUCAGUCAGUAUCAUCAUCUAAAGAACAUAUCCCUGGGGACCCUCGGUUAUGGAGAAAAUGAAGACAAUAGAAUUGGCUUAAAAGUCUGUAAGCAGCAUUACAAGCAAGGGACCAUGUUUCCUUCUAAUGAGACACUGAAUAUUGACAGUGACAUUGAAAUAGAUUGUGUGCACUUAGACCUCUCCAAGUCUGCUGAGGAGUGGAAGAACUUGUCAUUCUUCAGACUGGAAUUUUAUCGGCUCUUACAAGUUGAAAUUUCCUUUCACCUCAAAGGCAUUGACCUACAGACGAUUCAUUCCCGAGAGUUACCGGACUGUUACGUCUUUCAGAACACGAUUACCUUCGACAAUAAAGCGCACAGUGGCAAGAUCAAGAUCUAUUUUGACAGUGACGCUAAAAUUGAAGAAUGUAAAGACUUGAACAUAUCUGGAUCUAUUCAGAAAAAUACUCAGUAUGUCCUGGUGUUUGAUGCGUUUGUCAUUGUGAUUUGCUUGGCGUCUCUUAUUCUGUGCACAAGAUCCAUUGUUCUAGCGCUCAGGUUACGCAAGAGAUUUCUAAAUUUCUUCUUGGAGAAGUACAAUCGACGUGUGUGUAACGCCGACCAGUGGGAGUUCAUCAAUGGAUGGUAUGUCCUGGUGAUUAUCAGCGACCUAAUGACAAUAAUUGGAUCCAUAUUAAAAAUGGAAAUUAAAGCAAAGAAUCUCACAAAUUACGAUCUGUGCAGCCUUUUGCUCGGAACGUCUACGCUCUUUGUCUGGGUUGGCGUCAUCAGAUACCUGGGCUACUUCCAAGCAUAUAAUGUGCUCAUCUUAACGAUGCAAGCCUCACUGCCCAAAGUUCUUCGCUUCUGUGCUUGUGCUGGUAUGAUCUAUCUGGGCUACACAUUCUGUGGCUGGAUUGUCUUAGGACCAUAUCAUGACAAGUUUGAAGAUCUGAACACAGUUGCUGAGUGUCUGUUUUCUCUGGUCAACGGCGAUGACAUGUUCGCGACCUUUGCUCAGAUCCAGCAGAAGAGCGCCCUGGUGUGGCUGUUCAGCCGUCUGUACUUGUACUCCUUCAUCAGCCUUUUUAUAUACAUGAUCCUCAGCCUGUUCAUUGCGCUGAUUACAGACUCCUAUGACACCAUUAAGAAAUACCAACAGAAUGGGUUUCCUGAAACAGAUCUUCAGGAAUUCCUGAAGGAAUGUAGUAGCAAAGAGAAGUAUCAGAAAGAGUCUUCAGCCUUCUUGUCGUGCGUCUGCUGCCUGAGGAGGAAAGGAAGUGAUGACCCCUUGAUACUUGUCAACUAAAGUCCUUCUGCUAAAGAUAAUCAAGUUUCAGGCCUCUUUACCCAGUGACAAUGCAGAGGGAGCCCAAACAGCUUGGACCAGCACUCCCCAAAAUACUGAUUUAUUUAUUUGUGGAGCAGGCAAGAGGACCGUCAGCUGGUUGAACACAACUGAGCUUCCAAAGUUCCUUUUAUAAACUUGGAUGAUGAAGCAUAGGCCACAGUCAACUACUGGGCAUGAGUGCAAUAGAGCAGUGAUAAUGACAUUCUGCAGUGGACUUUAAUUUAUGACCUCACAGUGUUGGGAUGGAAAAAAAUAUCAUGUUUCAGAGUGUGCAAAAACAGUGGCACUUAAAGCCAUGCAUUGAAAGAUGCGUGUUUAUCAUCCAAUAAGGGUUUGUUUUUAAAAGUGAUUCUGGGAUUAGAAGACAUUUGUUAAUUCAUGGUGUGCACAGCAAUGAAGUUGGUUGCGAUACUAAAUUAAAAAUUCCAAGCUGGAGAACUGUUAAGCCUUUUAAAGAACACACUGAAGUCAACAAAAAGACCUCUUGUAGUGGACCUUUCUGGGCCUAUUUGUGUGUGCGUGUGUGUGUCAGCAUGACAGGAAGCAAAUGUUGGCAUGGUCAGUGGGAUAAAUUGGAAACAGAGUCAUUUGAACACCUUGUCACAUGUGCUGAUUGUUGAUUGUACGCAUGACAUGUGGAGGUGAACUGUGACAGUGCUCACAUAUUUUAACAGUUGAACUCUACUAUGGAGGUGAUUUGCCCUUGUCAAGCAAAGAAAGAUGGUAUUUUUUUCCCAAAUAAAUUUAUUUUUAUCACAACAGAUGCUGCUACUGCU